GCCAGCAUGGCGGCCGAGCGCAAAACCAAGUUGUCCAAGAACCUGCUGCGCAUGAAGUUCAUGCAAAGGGGAUUGGACUUGGAAACCAAGAAACAACUAGAAGAAGAAGAAAAGAAAAUCAUUAGUGAAGAGCACUGGUACCUGGAUUUGCCAGAGCUGAAAGAGAAAGAGAGUUGCAUAAUUGAAGAGCAGAGUUUCUUGUUCUGUGAGGAUCUUCUCUAUGGAAGAAUGUCAUUCAGAGGAUUUAAUCCCGAGGUUGAGAAACUAAUGCGUCAAAUGAACUCUAAGAACAAAGAAGAGGUCGAAGAAGAAACCAUAGAACUUGAUGUGUCUGAUGAAGAAAUGGCUAGAAGAUAUGAGACCUUGGUGGGGACCAUUGGGAAAAAAUUUGCCAAAAAGAGAGACCGCGCCAAUUAUGAGGAAGAUGAAAAUGGAGACAUAAAACCAGUAAAAACCAAGAAAAUGUUCUUAAAACCUCAAGACUGAAGCAGUGCCUUAAGAUAUGGCUCGGGAUGUCUUGUCUUAUGAAAAUGAGGUGCCCUUUGGAGAGAACUUACUCCCUUAGUUUCUCUUAAAGUUAAUAAUGCUAUGUUUAUUUGUAAAGAAAUGGGUAAUUUUUUUUCACGUCUGUUUCUGAAACAG